CUUUUAAAUCCAGAUGACUGCUAGUUUUGCUUAAAGUUUUUUUUUUUUCUUCUGGAACUACUAAAGCUGGAGUCUACCAGACUGAGGUUAGGAGCAUUUUCUUUGGCAACACAAAGAUACUUUUAUAGAAGCCAUGCCUGUCCUUGGGGUUGCCUCAAAACUGAGACAGCCAGCUGUUGGGUCAAAGCCUGUUCACACCGCUCUUCCAAUACCGGAUCUUGGCAUCAGUGUGUCACAGCGCUGUUCUUCAAGACCUUUGGAAUUUGCUACACCGGAGUGCUCAAUGCUUUCUUGCCAGCUCACAUUAAAAUCAACCUGUGAGUUUGGAGAGAAGAGAGCCCUGCAGGGAACAGCCAAGGAGAUCGAAGACAGCAAGAUUUACACUGACUGGGCCAACCACUACCUGGCAAAAUCUGGCCACAAGCGGCUCAUCAAGGAUUUGCAGCAGGACAUUGCGGACGGGGUCCUUCUGGCCGACAUCAUUCAGAUCAUUGCAAAUGAGAAAGUGGAAGAUAUCAAUGGCUGUCCGAGAAGUCAAUCUCAGAUGAUUGAAAAUGUCGAUGUCUGCCUUAGUUUUCUUGCAGCUCGAGGAGUAAACGUGCAGGGUCUAUCUGCUGAAGAAAUAAGAAAUGGGAACCUCAAAGCCAUCCUAGGGCUCUUUUUCAGCUUGUCUCGCUACAAGCAGCAGCAGCAUCAUCAACAGCAGUAUUAUCAGUCCUUGGUGGAGCUCCAGCAGCGAGUCACUCACACUGCUCCUCAGUCAGAAGCCAGCCAGGCCAAAACCCAGCAAGAUAUGCAGUCCAGUCUGACAGCCAGAUAUGCAGCUCAGUCUAAACACAGUGGAAUUGCAACCAGUCAGAAAAAGCCUACUAGGCUUCCCGGGCCCUCUAGGGUGCCAGCUGCGAGCAGCAGCAACAAGGCUCAGGGCGCCUCCAAUCUAAACAGGAGAAGUCAGAGCUUUAACAGCAUUGACAAAAACAAGCCUCCAAAUUAUGCAAAUGGAAAUGAAAAAGAUUCCCCCAAAGGACCUCAACCAUCUUCAGGUAUAAAUGGAAACACACAACCUCCCAGUACUUCCGGGCAACCCCCAGCCUCUGCCAUCCCUUCCCCUAGCGCCAGCAAGCCCUGGCGCAGUAAGUCCAUGAAUGUCAAGCAUAGUGCCACCUCCACCAUGCUGACAGUGAAGCAGCCAAGCCCAGCCACGUCUCCCACGCCAUCUUCAGACAGACUGAAGCCCCCUGUCACAGAAGGGGUCAAAAGUGCUCCUUCGGGACAGAAAUCUAUGCUUGAGAAAUUCAAGCUGGUUAAUGCCCGGACAGCAUUGCGCCCCCCUCAGGCUCCCAGCUCCGGAUCUAAUGAUGGCGGGAAAGACGAUGAUGCCUUUUCGGAAUCAGGAGAAAUGGAAGGUUUUAACAGUGGUCUGAACAGCAGCGGCUCAACAAACAGCAGUCCCAAAGUGUCACCUAAAUUAACCCCUCCAAAAGCAGGAAGCAAAAAUUUCAGCAAUAAAAAGUCUUUGCUGCAGCCAAAAGACAAAGAGGAUAAGAACAGGGACAAGAAUAAAGCCUGCACUGAGAAGCCAGGCAAAGAUGAGAAGGACCAGGUGACGGAGGCAGCUCCAAAAAAGACCUCUAAAAUCGCAAGCUUGAUCCCAAAGGGCAGCAAGACCGCAGCAGCCAAGAAAGAAAGCUUAAUUCCAUCAUCCAGUGGAAUUCCAAAGCCAGGCUCAAAGGUGCCCACGCCAAAGCAAACUAUCUCACCUGGCAGUGCAGCAAGCAAAGAGUCUGAGAAAUUCAGGACUAGCAAGGGAAGCUCUUCUCAGGCCUUCUCAAAGGCCAUCACCACGGAGAAAGCAAGCACGCCCAGCCUCUCUGCUCCUCUGGAGGGGAGGGAAGCUGGCCACGCAUCUCCCUCCAGCUCCUGUGUUAUGCAGGUAGCACACAGCAGUGGACAGAGCCCUGGCAAUGGGGCUGUCCAGCUCCCUCAGCAGCAGCAACACAGUCAUCCUAACACUGCCACAGUGGCUCCGUUCAUUUACAGAGCACAUUCAGAAAAUGAAGGCACCUCUUUACCACCUGCUGACUCCUGUACCAGCCCCACAAAGAUGGAUUCUUCCUACAGUAAGACGGCUAAGCAAUGCCUAGAAGAGAUAUCUGGUGAAGACCCUGAAGCUCGGAGAAUGCGCACAGUCAAGAACAUUGCAGAUCUGAGGCAGAACUUGGAAGAGACAAUGUCCAGUCUCCGAGGGACCCAGAUAAGCCACAGCACCCUGGAGACAACCUUUGAUACGACUGUGACAACCGAAGUGAAUGGAAGGGCCAUCCCCAACCUGACAAGCCGACCUACCCCCAUGACCUGGAGACUGGGUCAGGCGUGUCCUCGUCUACAGGCCGGAGAUGCCCCCUCCAUGGGCGCUGGAUAUUCUCGAAGCGGUACCAGCCGAUUCAUCCACACGGAUCCCUCCAGGUUUAUGUAUACGACACCCCUCCGCAGAGCUGCUGUCUCGCGUCUUGGAAACAUGUCACAAAUAGAUAUGAGCGAGAAAGCAAGCAGUGACCUGGACGUGUCUUCUGAAGUGGAUGUUGGUGGAUAUAUGAGCGAUGGUGAUAUCCUUGGGAAGAGUCUGAGAGCAGAUGAUAUCAACAGUGGGUACAUGACAGAUGGUGGGCUCAACCUAUAUACUAGAAGUCUUAACCGAGUACCAGACACAGCAACUUCCAGGGAUGUCAUACAGAGAGGAGUUCAUGAUGUGACAGUGGAUGCAGACAGCUGGGAUGACAGCAGUUCCGUGAGCAGUGGUCUCAGUGAUACACUUGAUAACAUUAGCACAGAUGACCUCAACACCACGUCCUCCGUCAGCUCCUACUCCAACAUCACUGUCCCCUCUAGAAAGAACACUCAGCUGAAAACAGAUGCCGAGAAACGUUCGACAACAGAUGAGACCUGGGAUAGUCCGGAGGAGCUGAAGAAAACUGAGGAAGAUUUUGACAGCCAUGGUGAUGGAGGGGCCAAGUGGAAGGGUGUCGCUUCUGGCCUUGCUGAAGACUCAGAGAAGACAGGGCAGAAAGCCGGCCUGUCCAUGUCUCAGACAGGUUCCUGGAGGAGAGGCAUGUCUGCCCAGGGGGGAACACCAGCUAGACAGAAAGCCAGCACAAGUGCACUCAAGACACCUGGGAAGACAGACGAUGCCAAAGCCUCAGAGAAAGGGAAAACGCCUCUCAAAGGAUCAUCCUUGCAAAGGUCUCCUUCAGAUGCAGGGAAGAGCAGUGGGGAUGAAGGGAAAAAGCCACCCUCUGGCAUCGGAAGAUCGACAGCCAGCAGUUCUUUUGGAUAUAAGAAGCCAAGUGGUGUAGGAGCCUCUACUAUGAUUACCAACAGCGGUGCCACCAUAACAAGUGGCUCAGCCACACUGGGAAAAAUCCCCAAAUCUGCUGCCAUUGGUGGGAAGUCCAACGCAGGAAGGAAAACCAGUCUGGACGGGUCCCAGAAUCAAGAUGAUGUUGUCCUGCAUGUGAGCUCGAAGACCACCCUCCAGUACCGCAGUUUGCCCCGCCCUUCUAAGUCCAGCACCAGCGGUAUCCCUGGGAGAGGUGGCCACAGAUCCAGCACCAGCAGCAUUGAUUCCAAUGUCAGCAGCAAGUCAGCUGGGGCCACCACCUCGAAACUGAGAGAACCCACGAAGAUCGGCUCAGGGCGCUCCAGUCCAGUCACUGUCAACCAAACAGACAAAGAAAAGGAGAAAGUAGCAGUGUCGGAUUCAGAGAGUGUUUCCUUGUCAGGUUCCCCCAAAUCUAGCCCCACCUCUGCUAGUGCCUGUGGUACUCAAGGGCUCAGACAGCCAGGGUCCAAAUAUCCAGAUAUUGCCUCGCCUACAUUUCGAAGGUUGUUCGGUGCCAAGGCAGGUGGCAAAUCUGCCUCCGCACCUAAUACUGAGGGGGUGAAAUCCUCCUCAGCAGUGCCCAGCCCUAGUACCUCUUUAGCCCGACAAGGCAGUCUGGAGUCCCCGUCGUCCGGUACCGGAAGCAUGGGCAGUGCUGGUGGGCUGAGUGGCAGCAGCAGCCCUCUCUUCAAUAAACCCUCAGACCUAACUACAGAUGUUAUAAGCUUAAGUCACUCCUUGGCUUCCAGCCCAGCGUCGGUUCACUCUUUCACAUCCGGUGGGCUUGUGUGGGCUGCCAAUCUGAGCAGUUCCUCUGCCGGCAGCAAGGACACUCCAAGUUACCAGUCCAUGACUAGUCUCCAUACGAGCUCUGAGUCCAUUGACCUGCCCCUCAGCCAUCAUGGCUCCCUGUCUGGACUGACCACAGGCACUCACGAGGUGCAGAGCCUGCUCAUGAGAACGGGUAGUGUGAGAUCUACUCUCUCAGAAAGCAUGCAGCUUGACAGAAAUACACUACCCAAAAAGGGACUAAGAUACACCCCAUCAUCUCGGCAGGCCAACCAAGAAGAAGGCAAAGAGUGGCUGCGUUCGCAUUCCACUGGCGGGCUGCAGGAUACUGGCAACCAGUCUCCCUUGGUCUCCCCUUCUGCCAUGUCAUCUUCAGCCACAGGAAAAUACCACUUUUCCAACUUGGUGAGUCCCACCAACCUGUCUCAGUUUAACCUGCCUGGACCCAGUAUGAUGCGGUCCAGCAGCAUCCCUGCCCAAGACUCCUCCUUCGACCUCUACGAUGAUGCCCAGCUUUGCGGAAGUGCCACUUCUCUGGAGGAAAGGCCACGUGCCAUCAGUCACUCAGGCUCAUUCAGAGACAGCAUGGAGGAAGUUCAUGGCUCCUCACUCUCAUUGGUCUCUAGCACAUCAUCCCUUUACUCUACGGCUGAAGAGAAGGCUCAUUCAGAGCAAAUCCACAAGCUACGGAGAGAACUGGUUGCCUCCCAGGAGAAAGUUGCUACCCUCACAUCUCAGCUGUCAGCAAACGCUCAUCUUGUAGCAGCUUUUGAAAAGAGUUUAGGGAAUAUGACUGGUCGUUUGCAAAGUCUAACCAUGACAGCGGAACAAAAGGAAUCUGAACUUAUAGAACUACGGGAAACCAUUGAAAUGCUGAAGGCCCAGAACUCUGCUGCUCAGGCAGCCAUUCAGGGUGCACUGAACGGCCCAGACCAUCCUCCCAAAGAUCUCCGCAUCAGAAGACAGCACUCCUCUGAAAGUGUCUCUAGUAUCAACAGCGCCACGAGCCAUUCCAGCAUUGGCAGUGGUAAUGAUGCCGACUCCAAGAAAAAGAAGAAGAAAAACUGGGUGAACUCUAGAGGAAGUGAGCUGAGAAGUUCUUUCAAGCAAGCCUUCGGAAAGAAAAAGUCCACCAAGCCACCGUCCUCGCAUUCGGACAUUGAAGAGCUGACAGACUCGUCCCUGCCAGCUUCCCCCAAGCUACCCCACAAUGCUGGCGAGAGUGCCCCCUCAUCCAUGAAGCCCUCGCAGUCGGCCUCAGCGUCACCCCUUGUCUGGCCACCCAAGAAACGAAAAAAUGGCCCUGUGAUCUACAAGCAUAGAUCUCGGAUCUGUGAGUGCACCGAGGCUGAGGCCGAGAUCAUUCUGCAGUUGAAGAGCGAGCUCAGGGAAAAGGAAUUAAAAUUAACAGACAUAAGGUUGGAGGCCCUCAGCUCUGCUCACCAUCUGGAUCAGAUCCGGGAAGCUAUGAACCGGAUGCAGAAUGAAAUUGAAAUAUUGAAGGCUGAAAAUGACCGGCUGAAGGCGGAGACUGGAAACACAGCUAAACCUGCCAGGCCGCCCUCUGAGUCCUCAAGCACCGCCUCUUCUUCUUCUUCUCGCCAGUCCUUAGGGCUUUCACUCAACAACCUGAACAUCACAGAGUCUGUUACCUCAGAUAUUUUGCUAGACGACACUGGUGAUGCGACUGGACAUAAGGAUGGCCGCAGUGUGAAAAUUAUAGUCUCCAUCAGCAAGGGCUACGGUCGAGCCAAGGACCAGAAGUCUCAGUCAUAUUUGAUAGGAUCCAUUGGUGUUAGUGGAAAAACUAAAUGGGACGUCUUAGAUGGUGUCAUUAGGCGUCUCUUUAAGGAAUAUGUGUUCCGAAUUGAUACAUCCUCUAGUCUCGGUCUGAGCUCUGACUGCAUUGCUAGCUACUGUAUAGGAGAUUUAAUUAGAUCUCAUAACCUAGAAGUGCCUGAACUGCUACCUUGUGGAUACCUGGUUGGAGAUAAUAAUAUCAUCACUGUGAAUCUGAAAGGGGUAGAAGAAAAUAGUUUGGACAGUUUUGUUUUUGAUACACUUAUUCCUAAACCAAUUACCCAAAGGUACUUUAACUUGCUGAUGGAGCACCACAGAAUUAUACUCUCAGGACCAAGUGGUACUGGAAAGACCUAUUUAGCAAACAAGCUUGCUGAAUAUGUAAUAACCAAAUCUGGCAGGAAAAAGACAGAAGAUGCAAUUGCUACUUUCAAUGUGGACCACAAGUCAAGUAAGGAAUUGCAGCAAUAUCUUGCCAACCUGGCUGAGCAGUGCAGUGCAGACAAUAAUGGGGUGGAGCUCCCUGUCGUCAUAAUUCUGGAUAAUCUUCACCAUGUGGGCUCUUUGAGUGAUAUCUUCAAUGGUUUUCUCAAUUGUAAAUACAACAAAUGUCCUUAUAUUAUUGGAACCAUGAAUCAGGGAGUCUCUUCGUCACCAAAUUUAGAACUACAUCAUAAUUUCAGGUGGGUACUAUGUGCAAACCACACAGAACCUGUGAAAGGCUUUUUAGGCAGGUAUCUUCGAAGGAAACUGAUAGAGAUGGAAAUUGAAAGGAACAUACGUAAUAAUGACUUAGUCAAAAUUAUAGACUGGAUUCCUAAGACAUGGCAUCAUCUCAAUAGUUUUUUGGAAACACACAGUUCUUCUGAUGUCACCAUUGGUCCUCGGCUUUUUCUUCCUUGCCCCAUGGAUGUGGAAGGUUCUAGGGUGUGGUUCAUGGAUCUUUGGAAUUAUUCCUUGGUACCUUAUGUUCUGGAGGCAGUGAGGGAAGGCCUACAGAUGUAUGGGAAACGUGCACCAUGGGAAGAUCCCUCCAAAUGGGUCCUUGACACGUACCCAUGGAAUUCUGCAUCCUUGCCUCAGGAAGGCCCAGCAUUACUGCAGUUGCGACCAGAAGAUGUUGGGUACGAGGGCUGCACAUCUGCAAAGGAAGCCACAACGUCAAAGCACAUUCCCCAAACUGAUACAGAAGGGGACCCCUUGAUGAAUAUGCUAAUGAAGCUCCAAGAAGCAGCCAAUUACCCGGGCACACAAAGCUGUGACAGUGAUAGUGUCAGCCACCAUGAAGACAUUUUGGAUACAUCUAUUGAAUCCACUCUCUAAAGGGUGAAAGCGUUAGGCAAAGGACGAUGCUCUUCAAAAGGUGUUUUAAAAGAGACAGAUCUUGUCACUUAACCACUGCCAGUAUGAAAGCCCCCUGUCCAGGGCCCUGACCCAGAGUUGUGGUGUCCAAGGAGGCAGUAGAAUUAGGUUGGAACUGCCAAGAUGCUAAAUUGAAAUGGGAGUUUAUUUUAUUCCUAGUCAUUUUUAUAUCCAUGGAGUUAGCAAUGGCUCCAUUACUCGCCUGGAAAGAGCCCUAAAGAUGGGGCCACCAAGUAGAUCACACAUGAGAUAGUGAGACUGGACUUUAUUUUCUUCCUCUUUCAAAGUUUACAGUGCAGACCUAAUUUUUCUUUUUCUUUUUUUCUUUCUUUUUUUUUUUCCUUUUUUGUGCCUUUCUUUUGUUUCCUCGGGGCGGAGGCUGCCCUUCUCAGGCAGGAUCCUUCUGAUCCAUGGAACCUCCUUUGUGCCACAUGGUGCUGGUGACAGGGCCCCAGUAGAGUUUGUGUUGUGUGCUCACUCACUGCAGAAUGAACCCAAGAGGCCAGUCCUCCAUAAGCACAAAGGGAAUUGUGCACCCACCAGAAAAUAAAAAUGUCUGUGGCAAACAGGAAGGGCCAGCUUCCUUCUAACUGCCGUGCGCUCCUGAAGGGCUCUUACCCUCUCUUAGGGUAGGAGUCAUGGGUUUUAUAAGGUUGUUUUUACCACAGUGGUCUUUUCAAACCACUUGCCAACUCCCUGAACCAGAGUUUUAUACCAAUUAUUAGUCAACACUGACAAAAGGCUUUUUAGGGCUUUAUUUGUUUGAGCCUUUUCAGUGGAAGAAGGAACAUUUUCUAUGGUGCUGUCUCACUGCCUUAAACCAGAUUUCUCCAACAGUUUCAACAGUUUGUUUCAAUAUUAAAACAUUGGUAGUUUCCACUGUCUCUUCAUUUACAACCAAGCAACACACCAGUUAAUGCAGCAGCCUCAUUUUCUGUAUAUCAUCUUUUUUUUUUUUAAAUUUUCCUUUUCUUGAAGAAAUGGAUAGGAGAAAGAUCAGUAUUUUUAUCUUAUGAAUAAAGAGAUUUCUUUGCCUAUCCUGCAAAUAAUUUGAGAACCAUAGAACCCUUCUUUGGCCAUCACUUAAAUGCAGAGACAUGUGGCUUCAUUCCUCCUAGUUCUGAAUGAAAGCAUUUUGGAAGGUGGGAGAUUCCUAAUCUGGAUCCAGUUGAAACUGGAUUCAGCAUGAGCACAAACUAUUUGGCUUUCCUUCCCUCGUGUUUAUCUUUCAAAGAGAAAAAAAAAAAGUUAGUUUUUUGGCGCAUGUUGUUUUGAGUGCUACCGUCAUACACGAGACAUCCAGCAUUAAGGAACACUGAUGUGGUCAGUCACUGUGGAAGAGGAAGCAUUUAUUCUGUACAAGAAGGUUAGAUUUGCACAGUCUACUGGGUAGGUAUUGUAAAUAAUGAUAUUUUUCCCCAAACUUGCACAAAUUCAAAAAGAAGACACAAACAAAAAAAAAUGUAUUUUAUCCUGUUGGUGUUAAGGGAUGUCUCACCUGCUGAGGCACCCUGUAUGCAGCAAGCAAAUGCAGAAUGCAAACCCUCAAAGCUGUUAUGAUCUGGUGUGUUUGUCCUGUACUUAACAAGUUGUGACAAUGCAGGAGCCAUCAGUGCUAGAGUGCGCAUGCUUCAGAACUGUACAUGAGGCCGGUACAACUUGGGAUGAGUAACUGUCUGAACGUACAUAUCUCGUGGCAGGCUAUAAAGACAGUGCGUGAGUAAUUAUAAAAUCAGUCACUGGCAAAGGCACACCACCCACAGAGGACAGGUUCCAAAUUUAUGAAACCUAAAGUCGGUGCCAUGGCAUAGACGAAGCUCUGUGCGCCUUUUAGGACGUGUUAUUGGUGCUACCCUCUGUGACCACCUUUGGGUUGGUUUCCGUACAGCAAAAUUAACAACACAAGGUAUCUGUGCAGAUUUCAGAAUGUCACUAAGUAUAUAGGUCCUUAAACGGUGCUACUGCCCCGAGGGAUAUCAGACUGAACUUAUGCACACAGAAUUGUCACCCUGACUUUGGAACCUCAACUGUGGAUCAAACCUAUUGUGCAACAUCAAUCUCUGUAGCUGGAUGAGUGACUAGUCGCCCUUGUACGAUAUGUGAGCUAAGGAAUUCGCUCAUCUUUCCCUACCAUUUCGAGACACACGGUCCACACAUGAGCAUAAAGAGAACUUCCUGCAAUACAUCCCAGUAGGUACACCUAGUUUACAAUUUAAACUAGUUUGUGAAACAUUUGUCUGUAUACAUUUUAUAUUUUGUACAUUUUUUGAUGUAACAUAUCAUGUAAAUAGGAAGAAGCAGUGAAAGAAAUCAUCUGAAAAGUUUUGUAGUCUUUGUAAAGCCCCAACAAUAAGUACUUGGUGUCAAUGGACCUAACUGGAUGAUGUAUUUUCUAUUGGUUUAUUGUUCCCCUAGCUUGUAAACCAGCUUGCAUAUAUUUUUUUGCAAAUGUGCACCCUGUAUCUGUCUAAAUUAUUACUUUGCCAUUAAAGUGGAAUUAUUUAUUGACAACAAGGUGUGGUGUCUAUGUAUGGGGGAAUUUUGAAUAAUCAUGUGCAGGGACAUGUCAAGCUAUAAAAUGUUUCUUUACUAUUAAUAUGCCAUCAUUAGGGAGCUGCGUCAAUCCAAGUUUCAUGAGCAUCAUCGAAAGGCCUCCAAAGCUUUUAGGUAAAUCAAUUAAAUAAAUGUAGUAUCCAUGGAGCUCCUAGAGUGAAAGUUAUUUAUUCAGUGAAUAUUUUUUUUUGAAAAUUCUAAGUGGUAUUCAAAUAUGCCUGAUAGCAAAAUACAGGUUAAUAUAAAAAUAAAAUGUCAAUAUUCACUGACU